AUGUCUUCACAUCCCCCCAAUGAUUCGGAAUCGGCCUUCGGCCUUCAACACCCUUCAACCAUCAGCCUUCGGCCAUCAGCCUUCGGCACCCUUCGAUCAUUCGGCGUGUGCGAUGUCUUCACGUCCCCUCAAUGUUUCGGAAUUGGCCUUCGGCACCCUUCCAUUAUUCAGCGCGUGCGAUGUCUUCACAUCCCUCCAAUGAUUCAGAAUCGGCCUUCGGCACCUUUCCAUCAUUCGAUGCGUGCGAUGUCUUCACAUCCCCCCAAUGAUUCGGAAUCGGCCUUCAGCACCCUCCAACCAUCAGUCUUCGGCCAUCAGCCUUCGGCACCCUUCAAUCAUUCAGCGCAUACGAUGUCUUCACAUCCCCCCAAUGAUUCGGCAUCGGCCUUCGGCACCUCAUGA